ACCAACAACCCAAGCAACGUCAACGACAAACGAAAAGAUUCGAAAGACAGCACAGCACAAAAAAAGGGGGCAAAAAGCCUUCCUCUCCAAGAUCAAGAAAACCCUAAUAAUGGAAAAUUAGGAUCAGCAAGAACAACCUGAACUUCCAUUCUAUUCCAUCCACAAUCUAUGUUUCUCCUGUGAAUCACUGCGUAAUAUAAAGGGUUUAUGGUUUGGCCAUGGCAAACUCUAGAGGGCCGUCAACAACGAGAAAUAUGAUGUACAAUGGAAGGCACUCUCUACUUCCCCCUAAGUGUCCAUUUCCAAGCAUUGCUCCAUCAUAUUCUGAUUAUAUCUCAAGUGCUGCAAUUGGACCUAAAGGAACACCUAACUAUAGAGAUGGGAAUCCACACCAUCAACGUGCUUCCUCUGAAAGCCUUCUGGUUGAAGAGCAGCCCUCCUGGCUGGAUGAACUUCUUAACGAGCCAGAAACACCUGAACAAAGAGGCCAUCGCCGCUCAUCAAGCGACUCUUUUACAUUUUUGGAGGCGGCUAAUGCUGCAAAUACAGAAUAUGCUGUGAAAAAUGAGCACUGGAUGAGGAAUUUGACUUCUGCUCCUUCAUGGGCAUCUCAAGACUUUGAUUUCUAUAAAGAUGCUCAAAAUAUGUCAUUCUAUGCUGAGCCAAAUCCUGUGAUAAACAAUAAGACUCGAACAUGGGAUUCACCACAAAAUUCACAUUCUACUGGUACAGCUUCCUCUCGCCACAACUCUGGUCUACGAAGGACAGUAUCCUUAGGUGCUUCACAGCAGCUCAAUGGAAUUGCUUCAACAACAAAUGAAAAGCAAGAUGCAGCGGAAGCUGGGCCACAAGAUUCAGCUGAAACUGGGCCUCAAGAUAUAAACACUUCUGAAAGAAAGGAUUCUUCUAAUACUAAGCCUUUUGCAUCAGAAACAGAUACAAAACGUGCCAAGCAGCAAUUUGCUCAACGUUCCCGGGUGCGGAAGCUUCAGUAUAUUGCCGAGCUAGAGAGAAAUGUGCAAGCUUUACAGGCAGAAGGUUCUGAGGUUUCAGCUGAGCUGGAGUUUCUGAACCAGCAAAGCCUUAUUCUGAGCAUGGAGAACAAGGCACUGAAACAGCGUUUGGAUAAUUUGGCUCAGGAGCAACUCAUCAAGUGUUUGGAGCAUGAAGUUUUGGAGAGAGAAAUCGGGAGACUCCGAGCCUUGUAUCAGCAACAACAACAACAACAACAACCACAACCGCAGCAGCAGCCACCAUUAACCCACCGGCAAACCAGCAUCCGCGAUAGACUUGAUUCCCAAUUCGCAAACCUUUCUUUGAAAAACAAGGACUCUAGUACUUGUGUGCGUGAUCCUGUUUCUAGCCAACCCCGUACCUGAAAACAAACACCCCAAAAACAAAGAUGAGAACACUGAAGAAGCUUUCAUGAUCCCAUGUAUUUGCGGGUUUUGACUUAUGUAGGAUGAGGCCAAGCUCUUCGACUUGAAGGAUUAGCGUCUCUUUGGCAUGUGUUGGGUUUUGAUUGGCUUGUGUGUUGUUGGUUAUUUGGGUAUUUUAUGAGCUAAAUUAGCAUAAUAUGUUAGUUGCACCUGGUAGUUGUUUCCCAGGAAAAUGGGAAGUCACCGGAGGUGGAAAGUUGGGAAAAAGAUGUCCCUUUUGGUUUCUUGCUAAUAGUUGUGGUCCGGAACUUGUUUAAUGAAUAAAUCCCUUUGUAAUAAUAAUUCUCAGUCAAGUUGAUGCU